AUGUGGCCAUAUCUGAGAACGUUAAACCCACAAGCAGAAGAAUCUCAUUUUGGUUAUAUUGUCACAUUCUACAGUGUCUCUCAGUGCAUAUCAGCUUUUACGUUCGGUUAUUGGAGCAACCGAAUAGAACAGGUUCGAUUUCCUCUGCUUACUGGAUUUUUUCUGAUGAUGGUUGGAAAUGUGCUAUAUUUGUCGCUCCCAUUUUACGCCACUUCUAGUGUAACUAUUGCGAUGCUCAUUGCAAGAUUUGUUCUAGGAUGUGGAACAGGUAAUAUAUGUCUUCUAAGAGCCUAUGUUUCAACAUCUUCAUCAAAAUCGGAUCGGGCUCGAGCCAUUGCCUGUAUUAAUGGUGGUUUAGCCGCUGGAAGCCUAAUAGGUCCAGCUUUACAAUUGCUCUUCAGUCCUCUUGGACAUCAAGGGAUAAGCAUAUUACCAUUUUUCAAUCUUAACAUCUACAACUCACCUGCUCUUUUCUCUCUCUUCUUGGACACAGCCGGCUUUCUAGCAGUACUUUUCGCAUUUGAGGAAAAGUACGAUGUGCUCAAGGCUGAUGCUGCCAAGACAGAAAAACUGCCAGAACCUUGCAAAGUAGCAAUACUUGUAUGUUUUGGUACCAGAUCCGCUCAAAUAUCUGUUAUGGCAACCAUAGAGACACUUGGAUCCGCUUUCUCCAUGCUAAUGUUCACUUUCAACAACGAGCAGGCUGUGGCGGCUAAUGCUACGGCACAUUUGGUUUCUGGAAUUGCAGGAGCCAUACUGUAUCUUGCAUUGAUUGUCUUCAACCUCUCAAAAUGGUAAGC